GCUUACGGAAGCCGGCUUUUAUAUCCCCCAUUCAGAAAAGAAUGCCUGAAGCGAAAGUGAUUGAGAACAUAUGAACAUUCAUUGAUAGCACUGGUUAUCACUGGUGUUGGCACAGAUGAAUAGGGCAACGCAAGGUAUUACGGUUGUUCAGCUGUAGUGAAACGCCGUAAAUAGCUGAUAACGGUGCCCCACCGCACUUUUGCAGCAGCCGUCAAAAGUUUGGAGUGUUUGCCAGAUUAGCGUGGUGUCGGAGUGUUUCUAGGGUAACUUUAAGGCCGCUACGCCACCGACGCCGCUACACCAGCUACACACUGAAAGGAGACGGCUUCACACGUUGAAACGGGAACGCGGUUCUGAAUUUGUUCGCUGCAGCCUUCGGAGCUCUGCGAUUACUACAGCGAUGGCAGAGUCAACAGGUGACUCAGCGGGCGCAUUCUGGAAGAGGAAAUACUACGUUAUCAUAACUGGGGCGAGCGUCGGAAUUGGGCGAGCCUUAGCUCAGGCGUUCAGCCGAGAAGUCGCCGAAAAAUCAGUGUUUGUCAUAACCGGUCGCAACGCGGAGAAUCUCAAUGAAACCAAGCGUCUCGUCGCCCAAGAUGCACCUGGCGUUGAAGUCGUCGCUCGAGUCAUGGAUCAUUCCACGGCCACGUUUGACGAUUACCGAAAGCUGAUAACGGACACCUGGUCCAAGAUUUCUGCAGCGGACGGAGUUUUGUUGGUUCACAACGUAGGCACGAUCGGUGAUGUGCGCAAGUAUGCGACCGCACUCACCGACGAGAAAGAGAUCGACGACUACUUUCACCUCAACAUAACGUCCGUUAUGACGCUGACUUGCUUCCUGGAGAAGUUUCCGAACGGCUCCAACAUUUCUAGGACCAUUAUCAACAUAUCCUCCUUAGCUGCGAUCAAGCCAAUGGCUGGAACAGGCAUUUACUGCACUGGUAAAGCUGCUCGACAAAUGUACAUGAGGAUUAUCGCAGCAGAAAAUCCCACGGUGAAAGUGCUCAACUACUCACCAGGCCCAGUAGACACAGCCAUGCACAAAGCGUUGCACCACGGAGUAAAGGAGAUUGCUGAAGCGGCAAGAGGUAUGGUGGAGUCUGGUACACUUCUGACACCGGAGGCCACAUCUCUUAAGCUGGUUAAAAUUCUCGAGACUCAAAGCUUUCAGUCUGGCGACCAUGUCGACUACUACGAUCGAACCUAACGCAUUACAAGAAUGUGUUUUCUGUGGCCUUUCUAUUUUGCAUGGCAUUUCUAGGCUAAGGUUAAAAUUUAUACUUCUAUUUCUGAAUGUAAUUUCAGGUGUAUUGUUUUUGUUCGGUGCAUUGGUAUUACAAGAUGAAGUAUUUGAAGUGUACUCACCAGCAUGGGCCCAAUUAAAAAGCAAAGCAAGGUUUCCUUUUCCUGUGUAUUGUGAAGUGGCAUUAUUAAUUGAUCGUUAUCUCUGAUUGUUCUUCUUCACAGGCAAUGCAACGACUAAUUAGCCGCUUGCUACAAGCUGGCACGUCUUAGUUUUUAUUGCUGUUUUGUUUUGAAAUAUGCAAAAAAAAUACAUCAUGCUUAGGCACUAAGGUCACAUCUAUUUUUACAUGGAGUGAAUAUUAUCGAGUCUCAAUCAGUUCUUUUUUUUUUCUUUUCUUUUUUCUUCAGUCUUGCUUGGUGUAACCUUCUUCCCGACAGAAUGUUCUUCGGAAGCUUUAGCCACAUCUUGUUGUGCCACUUUGCUACUUUCAAACUGCUGUUGCUACACUUCCUUAGCUUGUGGUUGCACUGGUGACACCUUGCUUUGAAGUUACUUCCAGCGUGCUUGUCGACUGUGUGAAUAAAUUGUGCCAAUACGUA